AUGGUUUUAUGUUGGGCACCUGGUUGUAAACAUUACAACGUACGGGAAACCUACAAGUUUUACAAGUUCCCUGCUAGCGGAAAAGAAAGACUUCGUUGGAAGAAGUUAGUGAGGCGAGAUGUUGAACCUGGCCCCGGUGCAUACUUAUGUAGUUGCCAUUUUGUAGACGGUAAACGAGAAUCGGGACCCGUACUGUUUGCUCAUAACAAAGACAAAAGGUUUACGUUUACCAGUCCAAAGAAGAAAAAAAUUAAGUUAGACAUAAGUGAUCCUAUAGCGCAGAGCAGUAGUUGCGUACCAGAACAAGAACCGGACCAAGAAAUUCCAUGUCACAGUGCAGAAGUGGAGAUUGUUAGUAUCUCUAGAGACAAUCCUCAACCUGGUCCUUCAUACGCUACAGACGUUCAGAUUGGCAGUGAUCCGCAGCCUGAAAAGGACUUGGAAGACUUAAAACAAAAAUAUAAUGCUCGACAAUUCACAUAUGACAGCAUAUGUAACAACAACGAAUUAGUCUCCAUGUACACUGGAUUGCCAAAUAAUAGUGUAUUUUGUGCCCUUUACAAUUUACUUAAGGAUUUGGAGAUAAAUUAUUAUUUAAAGUGGCAAGUACAAAUAAUUAGUAAAAAAGAUCAACUUUUUAUGACACUAAUGAAGUUAAGAAGAAACUUCCCACAUUUAGAUUUGGCAGUAAGAUUUAAUGUGUCACAAGCAACGGUCACAAACGUUGUACUAACAUGGGUGUACAUUUUACAUCAAAAUUUAUAUGAGAAUUUAAUACUGAUAUUAGACUGCACAGAGAUUUACACAGAAGUCUCUAGAAAAUCUAUGAGCACGCAAAGAGAGACUUACAGCACCUACAAACACCAUAAUACAUGGAAAGGUCUAGUUGGUGUGGCUCCCAACGGUGUGAUUACUUAUUUAAGUUCCCUCUAUCCUGCAUCCACAAGCGACAAAAAAAUCGUUCAGCAUUAUGGUGUUUUAGAACAGUUGGAACCUGGCGACUUAAUAUUGGCCGAUAAAGGUUUCCUAAUCGGCGACAUACUACCUGCAGGACUGAGUGUAUUGCUCGCGCAAGAGUACACGUGGAAAGAGCAAUAUGUCGGAUGA